AUGUUCCUGCUGGUGCUGUUACUGCCAGGCCUCAGUCACAGUUUUAACCCAAAUUAUGGGUCAUCAAUCUCACAUCGAAGCAUCACAGAGACGGCAAGUCUCAGAAAGACACUCGAAGUCUGCCGAGACCUUGCUAUUGCAACAAGAGGGGAUUUCACACUUACCAUUGAUGACAACCUGUCAGUGAACGCUGUCCUAAGGGCUUGUUCCAGUGAUCCAACCUCCAAUUCUCCUCUCUCUUCUGACGACUUCCAAACUGCCAUUAAGACCAUUCACAGACAUAAUACAAAGGUGGAUUCCCUCUAUGCCUUCUCAGCAGCACAUCAUUUUGACAAUGAAGCCUUCCAGGAAGGUCAGAAUGUCAUCACAAAAGGUUUGGCAAAUGUGAAGGCUAAUGUGAAGAGUGGAAAUUUUGGGACUGCACGGGACACUCUUGGAGAAAUCUGUCACACCCUUCAGGAUUUCUAUAGCCACAGUAACUGGGUGGAGCUUGGAAAAACCACUCCAUAUAGCACACUCAUCAGACAAGAUCAACCUCUAGAAAACUUGGCAGGUUUGAAUGUCCCAACCUGUGUGAGCUGCAUAGGAGAUGAUUGUACAAACAACAUAUUGCCUGAAGUGAUAGAUCAACAGCUUUUAACUUCAGGUUACUUCGACAACUUGUCUGGUGAUAAACCUGCAGGUAAAUGCAGCCACGGUGGUGAUCUAACAAGUUUUGAGGAUCCCGAGGGAGGUAUUAAUAAGGACACUCGUGACUCAGAACAUGGUUUCCUUCACGAUCGAGCAGCGGAUCUGGCACUUGAUGCCACAUUGGAGCUACUGGAAGACAUCAGAGUAGCAGUUGGAGACAAGGACUUUCUACGAUUCAUGGGUCUGUCCCAGUCCUCUGCACUAUGUUUUGUGAUAGACACCACAGGCAGUAUGAGCGAUGACAUCGCUGCUGUUAAGGAGGCCUCCUUUCAGAUUAUUGACAGCAGGAGAGGGACACCAGAGGAGCCAUCUCUAUACAUUCUGGUACCUUUCAGUGACCCAGAUUUUGGACCUGUGUUAAGGACAACUGAUCCAGAUGACUUCAAAGCCAGUAUUAAUAGACUCACUGCAGAUGGAGGAGGAGACUACCCAGAACUGAGUCUGUCUGGACUGCAACUUGCUCUAACUGCUGCUCCACCGGCAUCCGACAUUUUCCUCUACACUGAUGCUCCUGCAAAAGAUGCAUAUCUGAAAAACACCGUCACAGCAUUAUUGGAGAGUACAAAGUCUGUGGUAACUUUCACGUUGACAGGUGGGUUUGCCGCUCGACGUCGCCGCCGCCAAAGUGAUGGUCAAAAUCCAUUGGCACGUAGCCUGACCAAAGCAGACACUGAUCUAUACCGGGACUUAGCCCGGGCCUCUGGGGGUCAGACCAUCGAGAUCAGCAAGUUAGAUCUUACUCAGGCCACUGCUGUUAUAGAAGACCUAACAGCCAACGCUGUGGUGACAGUUUUCCAAGCAACAGUUGAUCCAGGACAUCCUGAUAAUUUCCCGUUUGCUGUUGAUGCCUCAAUCAGAAACAUUAUCAUUUACAUAACAGGAGUGCAGGCAUCUCUCACCUUCAGACUCACCAGUUCAACAGGAGUAUCACAGGAUUCAUCUGAGCCCAGUGGUCCUUUGGCAACUUUCUCCACUGUGGGAAACCUUUGCCGGAUAAGCCUCAACAACACUGACACCGGAAUGUGGGAAAUCAGUGUUAACUCUAAUAGUGCAUACAUUGUUAAGGUCACAGGUCAGAGUUCGGUGAACUUUGUCUAUGACAUUGUGGAAGAACGAGAGGGAGCCCACGGUGGUCUGGACUUUUUGGAUGGACGUCCUCCUACAGGACUCAACGACUACCUGGCUCAAGCUAACAGCAACAAUAUCGAGCCAGGUUCCUCUCUCUCCUUCCCUUUCACUGUGUCCUCCAGUGUAAGCGGGACAUUCCCAUUGCAAGUCAGAAAUGACCGCAGCUAUGACACCACUGCACCCAACAGUGUCACCAUUGCAUCAAGCAGCGGAGGUGUGGCCAACGGCACGGUGACCUUAACCGUGCCAACCAGCGCCGAAUCAGGAACAGACGUCACCGUCACCAUCGAGGUCGAAAAUGCAGCUGGCACCCAAAUGAACUUUGCUGUGCUCAGGUUUUCAGUGGUAACCCGGGUAACAGAUAUAUCCAGUCCUGUAUGCCAAGUAGUCAGUACAACUGGCAUCUGUCCAGCCUCUUCCUCUCUCUGCGCCACCACCCAGUGGGAGUUCAUCGCUAAACUCACUGAUGGCAUCAACGGCACCGGGAUUGUGACCGUGUCCCUCCGCCAAGGGAAUGGUAUUCUGAAUACUAGCAUGGAGGUGGGACCUGGGGGCGAGAACAUCACAGUGGUCACAUACAGCUCUUCGUGCUGCUCACAGAGUGUGGAGGUGGCAGCUGUGGACGGGGUGGGGAAUGUGGGGCGAUGUAGUGACGACGCUGUGUUCGGACUUUGGUCCAACAAACCCAACAAGUUCAUAAUGUAA